UUUCACUGAAGGUUAUUAGAGCCUGGGUCUCAAGGCCAGAAAAGUUUACAGGCUGCACCUCUUCUGUGCUCAAUGCUAUACACCUUGCACCCAAGGGUACUAUAUAUUUACACCUAAUAAUGUCUUCUGGUUCCCACCCAGCCAUCAUACAGGAAUCUAUAAAACAUGGACUUACAUCAGUUGGUGCUGGUGUCGCGGACGGACACGGAGCUCCCACCCCGGCCCGCGGCCGCCUUGUCAUGCUGCCCAAAGUCGAGACGGAGGCCCUGGGACUCGCCCGGUCGAAUGGGGAACAGGGGCAGAUGCCGGAAAACAUGCAAGUGUCUCAGUUUAAAAUGGUGAAUUACUCUUAUGAUGAAGACCUUGAAGAACUGUGUCCAGUCUGUGGAGAUAAAGUGUCUGGGUACCAUUAUGGACUUCUCACCUGUGAAAGCUGCAAGGGAUUCUUUAAGCGAACAGUCCAGAAUAACAAAAGGUACACAUGUAUAGAAAAUCAGAAUUGCCAGAUUGACAAAACACAGAGAAAGCGAUGCCCUUACUGUCGAUUUCAAAAAUGUCUAAGUGUUGGAAUGAAAUUGGAAGCUGUGCGAGCUGACCGAAUGCGAGGCGGUCGAAACAAGUUUGGACCAAUGUACAAGAGAGACAGGGCAUUGAAGCAGCAAAAGAAAGCUCUUAUCAGAGCAAACGGACUUAAACUGGAAGCCAUGACUCAGGUGAUCCAAGCAAUGCCGACUGACCUGACAAUAUCUUCUGCAAUCCAGAACAUCCAUUCUGCCUCCAAAGGCCUACCUCUGAACCAUACUGCCUUGCCUCCUACAGACUAUGACAGAAGUCCCUUCGUAACCUCCCCAAUUAGUAUGACAAUGCCACCCCAUGGCAGUUUGCAAGGUUACCAAACCUAUGGCCAUUUUCCAAGCCGUGCUAUCAAGUCCGAGUACCCUGACCCGUACACUAGUUCACCAGAGUCAAUAAUGGGCUACUCAUACAUGGAUAGUUAUCAAACAAGCUCACCAGCAAGUAUUCCACAUCUGAUAUUGGAACUCCUGAAAUGUGAGCCAGACGAGCCACAAGUCCAAGCUAAGAUCAUGGCAUAUCUGCAGCAAGAGCAAGCCAACAGAAGCAAACACGAGAAGCUCAACACAUUUGGGCUUAUGUGUAAAAUGGCUGACCAAACCCUCUUCUCCAUUGUUGAGUGGGCUAGGAGUAGCAUCUUUUUUAGAGAACUUAAGGUUGAUGACCAAAUGAAGUUGCUUCAGAACUGCUGGAGUGAACUCCUAAUUCUAGAUCACAUUUACCGGCAAGUGGUACAUGGGAAAGAAGGCUCCAUCCUUCUGGUUACCGGGCAACAAGUGGAUUAUUCCAUAAUAGCAUCCCAAGCUGGAGCCACCCUCAACAAUCUUAUGAGCCACGCACAAGAACUAGUAGCAAAGCUUCGUUCCCUGCAGUUUGAUCUACGAGAAUUUGUAUGUCUCAAAUUCCUGGUGCUGUUUAGUUUAGAUGUCAAAAAUCUUGAGAACUUCCAGCUCGUGGAAGGUGUUCAGGAGCAAGUGAAUGCUGCUCUGCUGGACUACACAAUGUGUAAUUACCCACAGCAAACAGACAAAUUUGGGCAGCUUCUCCUGCGACUACCAGAAAUCCGGGCCAUCAGUAUGCAGGCCGAAGAAUACCUCUACUACAAACACCUGAACGGGGAUGUGCCAUGUAAUAACCUUCUCAUUGAAAUGCUGCAUGCAAAGAGAGCAUAAAUUAUACCCAUUACAGCUUCUGCUUUCAAGGAAAAAAAAAAAAAAUAUUCUGAACUGCUCCAAGCAACGCUAAUUAAAACGUGGUUUUAAGACUUUACAAAAUGGUAUAAUAAUCAAAUACUAAUAGUAAAUAAGUGAUGUAUCAGGGUAUUUGUAUUGCAAACUGUGAAUCAUAUGCUACACAUCCCCAAAGGAAUCUAUAUAAGACUUUAUACUGGAGUGAAGUCAACUUACCAAGUGGAUACUAUCACCGAUGUUGGCGUGGAAAAGGACAGAAUGAUUCUUGUAUAUUUAACUCUGCUGAUUGCCAAUACGAAGAAAUUUAGGAGGACAAAAAAAACACUGAUCUGUAUUAUUGAGCUGAGAUGGUGGGGAAUUUGAGUGCACUGAAUUCCUUCACUGUAUAGCAGGACUUCUAAAACAGUUACAAUAGAUGCCAAACUGCAUCUAUAGCAUAUUCUGCCAUCCUUCCAAGGACCCAACACUUACUUCUUCUGUGAUAAAUGAUGUGGCAUCCAUUCAAUGGGCUGUGAGAGAGAGCUGGCCUAGGCCACGCACUGUGUAGUGUCGCCACCAAAACCUGGGAGGCUGCCGUUGCCUGUAGGUCUCUCGGGCCUGCAAACCGCUCCUACGAAGAGUCUGUUAUCCAGUUAGCUUGGCAUCCUUACUGUGUUCUGAGGUUUGUUUUGUCACGUGUUCAUGUUGCUCUGUCAGGCAGUAUCCCUCUUCUACUACUGUUAGUGGAUAGCUAUUAAAUAGCUAAGAUAAAUAUUCCAAAACAAAUUAGCCAAUUCAGCUAUAUACUUAACUAGUGCAGUGGCUAAAAUAUGGCUCUGCUAUAUAUUCAUGGCCAUUUCCAAAUAAAGGAAAUGGAGAUAUUUUAGCCAUCACAAACAAGAGCUUCUUUAACACACACAAAAAACCAUAUUUUCUACAGCACCAAAUACUGAUGUUAUAAAACUAAAAUUAAAAAAAAAAAAAAAAAAAAA